AUGGGAGGUAUAAGCGGAAUAUACAUAUUGGAUUUGAAAGGAAGGUUAAUAAUUUGUAGAAAUUAUAAAGCAGACCUUUUGACGAACGUAUGCGACGCGUUUUACGAGAAUGUAAUAUUACAAGACUCAAGUACACUAAAACCAGUGUUUCAUAGCGAUGGAUGUACCUUUUCCUGGAUUUCCCAAAAUGGGAUUUACUUUAUAGCGGUAGCCUCAUCAAACUAUAACGUUUCACUGUCAAUCUCGUUUUUGUACAGGUUUGUAGGAGUUUUAACCAGUUACUUUAAACACCUGAGCGAAGAAAGUAUCAGAGAUAACUUUGCAAUUGUGUAUGAAUUACUGGAUGAGAUGGUGGAUAACGGAUUCCCCCAAGUGACAGAAGUAAGCGUUUUGAGAGAGUUUAUUAAGAAUCAAUACCACCAAUUAACACUUGACAAGGUGCGGCCGCCAACAACGAUGACAAACUCAGUUUCAUGGCGAAGAGAAGGAAUCAAACAUAAAAAGAACGAGCUGUUCCUCGACGUCAUAGAGAGCCUAGACCUGAUUUUGUCGGCAAGCGGAACCGUUUUAAGGUCUGAAAUUAAAGGCUGCCUAAAGAUGAAAUCAUACCUCUCAAAUAUGCCAGAAGUUUUUUUAUGCCUUAAUGAUAAACUUUUAUUCUCAACAGAUUCCGGCACAAUCGGCUUAGAUGCUAAUGGGAAUUCUGUUAAAAGCUUUGUUGAACUGGAAGAUGUCAAAUUCCAUCAGUGUGUUGAACUAACGAAGUUCAAUACAGAUCGCACAAUUACAUUUAUACCACCAGACGGUGAAUUCGAACUCAUGACAUAUCGACUACGCUGUAGAGUUAAACCGCUUUUCUCACUCUAUGUAACUUAUAAUAGUAAAUCCAGCACCAGGAUAGAGUUCUACGUGAAGGCAACUUCACAAUUCAAGUCAAAAUCAAUGGCAACUAACGUUGAAUUUCUUAUCCCAGUACCAUCAGAUGUUAAUUGCCCCGAAUUUAAUCCAACGCAGGGAAGUGUCAAGUAUUUGCCAGACCAGGACGCAAUAACUUGGUACGUUAAACAGUUUCAAGGAGAUAAAGUUUACACAAUGUUUGCAUCAUUUGGACUUCCCUCAGUCUCAGACGAGUCCAGAAACACAUUCUCUAAGAACCCAGUCAAAAUUAAGUUUGAAAUUCCAUAUUACACAGUCUCGGGAAUCAACGUUAAACACCUCAGAAUCACUGAUAAAACAGGAUACAAAGCUCUUCCGUGGGUUAGAUACAUCACCAAAAACGGUGACUAUCAACUAAGAAUGACAUAA